CUCGCUUGUCUCUCGCCUCGUCUUCGCCUGGUUUCCCGAUCCCGUUCGUUCGUGCGUGUUCGACUGCGUGGUUUUGGUUUUCAAUUUUGCUAAAACGAUAUAAUUUAUUACAUAUUUAUCAGCAACAACGGUAUGAGAGGAGCCGGCACACUAAUACCAGCUCGUUUUCUGACCCUCGUUGGGCAUUUGUGUGUUGUUGUAACGUUAUUAUGGGAGAGCAAGCAGAGCGUACGUCACUGUUUACCAAGCCAAUAUCACUCGAAUUAUAUCCAGAUUUAUCACAACCGGUUACCAAUGAGCUGCAGCAGCUAACGUCGUCGAACGACUACCGGCCGGGAUGGUCGCGCUACCUGAUCCUGGCGGGAGUGGCCACAACGCUGGGCUCCUCCCUACCCGUCGGGUUUAACAUAGGAGUUGUUAACACCCCCGCCGAGUUGAUAAAGCAGUUCUGCAAUGAGAGCGUAUCUGCUCACUACGGCGUGGUGUUGGACAACAGUUCAUUGAACACGUUGUGGUCUGCCGUUGUGUCCAUAUUCAUAGUGGGUGGCUGUACGGGUUCCUUGCUGGGUGCGGUCCUAGCUGAUUAUCUUGGAAGGAAGAAGGCAACCAUAGCGACCAGUUUGCUGUCCAUCGUGGGCGCGUUACUGUUCGUGUUGUGUCGCGCCGCCAACUCUGUGGAGAUGCUGCUGCUGGGGAGACUGCUAGUCGGACUGGCGGGGGGUUUGACAACGAGCAUUGUGCCCAUGUACCUGACCGAACUGGCGCCGCUCAGCCUGUCGGGCAGUAUGGGCGUGGCCUGCCCCAUGGGCGUCAAUGUGGGCGUGCUUGUAGGACAAGUUAUGGGGCUCGACUUCUUAUUGGGUGGAGUGGACGAUUGGCCUUAUCUAUUAUCCGUCUACGUGUUGCUAGUCAUUAUUUGUUUACCCGUCCUUUUUAUUUUGCCUGAAAGUCCCAAAUAUCUGUUUGUUGUUAGAAAAGACGAAGAGAGUGCAUUGAAUGCGUUAAGUCGUUUGCGGGGCGUAUCGAGCAGUAUCCUAGCCGCGGACGUGCAGCUAUUGAGAGAGGAAGCCCGCACCCCCGUGGGAGGGGACGAAUUCUGGGGUCUGAAGCGAGUGGCUGCAGACACCAGGCUUAGGAGAGCGUUGCUGCUCGUUUGCGCUAUGCAAGCGGGCCAGCAGACCAGCGGGAUAAAUGCUGUGUUCUACUACUCUCAGACAAUCUUCAAGCAAGCGGGCCUCACAGAGCAGAACGCUCAAUACGCUACCAUAGGUUGUGGCUUCAUUAACGUUUGUACGGCAGUACUGAUGCUGUAUUUGUUGCCUCUGGUUGGAAGAAGACCUUUGUUCUUGGGCUCUACGGCAGCCGCAGCUGUUCUGCUUACUGCGCUCGCUGUUUCCAUGAAGGCUAUUACAGUGGUAAGCUGGAUGCCUUACCUGUGUAUGGCGGCAGUGCUUGCUUACGUUUUGGCGUACGGUUUCGGUCUCGGCCCGAUUCCAUACUUCAUCGCUUCGGAAAUGUUUGAGGUGGGUCCCCGUCCGGGGGGAAUGGCGUGGGGCUCGCUGGCCAACUGGGGCGGCAACUUCCUCGUGGGCAUGUGCUUCCCCGUCAUGAGGGACUCCAUAGGGCCAUACUCGUUCCUCAUAUUCGCAGCUCUCACCGCCGCGCUGUUUGUCUAUGAAGCAUUGUAUCUCCCGGAGACGAGCGGCAAAACUCCCGCGCAAGUGGCCGACUCGUGUGCGCUCGGGCGGCGUCGCCACACUUCACGCGUUUGACACAAACAAACACACACACUCACAUAGACUUACUACCUAACGCCUGUUUUGUAUGACCAAGAGACACCACCUAGUGUUGUAUAAAAAAAAAUAACACUUAUUCGAUAAAUAUUUCCAACCAUAUCGACCGUGACGUCACACUGACACGCAGCCAAUCAAAAUGCGGCUUAGACUGCGUUUCCGCAAAAGCGGAGCUGAGCAGUCUUAAAGACAUGGUUCAAAAUACACACACAAUGUAAGACAGUGCGUAAGACUACGCUAUAUGUAGAGUAUAUCGUUGUGUUAACGUGUUCUUUGUAAAUGUAUGGUGCGCGAUAUAAUGCUAUGAGCUAUAAAUCUAAUAUAGCUAGCUAGUAUAGCGUUGUCUGAACGCACUUUCGUCCUCCCCGCACGCCACCAACUUUGGCGAUUUUGAUAAAAAAUAAUAGCAAACUCCAGUGGUGGUGAUCCUGUGGGUGAGACAUAUUGAAAUAUUUUUUGUUACGAAAAUGAACCAUAUUGUUACAUUCUUUGGAUUGAUGGUUCAUUCAAACCCGCUGUCCAGGGCGUUAGUAAGCAAUUGUUAAAAGUAAGCGAGUAUGAAGCCAAAUUAUCACUGUCUAGUUUUAACCAAUGAGGAUCCGUAACGAUUUUAGUUGAGAAUGCAGAUUCAUAGAGCUAAGGAUUCCAUAAAAUACAGUGGUUAAAUUUUUGUUCUACGUCAAAUAUUGACGAAGUUAUGACCAAAUUACUAAAGGAACUUUCGGCGGGCCGCGUGGUGACUGUGACGUCAUAGAGCGUACGUAGAGACGCUACUAAAGUUCGACCGGAGUGAACCACGAUCGAGCUCUGUGACGUCACACGUACAUGUUUAAGUAGGGAAUAGCUCUCCAAUUUAGAAUAAUUAUUUAUUUUAAUAUUCUUGGGUAUGAUGUGGGGCGUACGUUUUUUUGUAUAUGGACCUAGUUUAAAAGAAUAUUCAUAAAUUGUGAAACUGUUUUUUUUUCAAUCGAUGUUCAAGAUUUUAUAAUAUUGUGUUCAUUGCGUUUCUUUUCUACUUUAAAUUAUGGUGUUAAUGCCUUGUGUAGUCGAGGCGGCGAAAAGCGGUAGCGAAACUGCGGUAAUCUGUUAUUUACUAUGAAUUUAUAUCGCAUAUAUCGCUCUAUUUGUUUGUGAUUUCCUAUAAUAGGGUAUUUGACAAGUUUUAGAAAACAAUCUCAUGGUAUUUACUAAUGUUUAAAGAGUCCAUAAAAACUGGAUAUUUAUCAUUAUAUUGUGUAUUUCGGUAGAAAAAACUAAAUCAAAAACUCUUUUUUUUAAAGUUGCCGCGAAAACGUAUCUCUCGACAAUAUGGCGUCUCACUGGUGUGUGACGUCACACGACUGUUAUUAAAACGUCAAACCUUACAAUCUAAUGUCACUUUAACCAGAAGUUUACUUGCGUGAGACGUCAUUUUAGGCUCCGCCAAUCCCAAGCGUUUUGGGUCACGUGACAAUAGACAAGAAAAAUAUUAUCUUUAUCGUGGGUUUUUAUUAAAAUUAAGAAUAUUUUUUCUGUAAAAAUAGUAGCAACUCCUGCAAAUAUUCAUUCUAAAUACAGAUGCUAACAAUUGGCACUUUAUUUUUAAUACUGUUAAAUACAAAACAAAUACAGCAAUGGCGCUACCGCGUGAAACGAGGUUCACGAGUAACAUACUAUGAGAGGGAUGCUAAAGUGUUUCAAUUACAUUUUAAAGAGCUUAUAUGCUACUACAUUUUUUUUUUAUUCAAUUGUUAAUCGUGCCCCAAAAAUGCAUUUAUAUUUAAGAAUUUCAAAUUUCGCGUGUAGUUAAACGCAGUGGACGCCAUAUUGCUUUGCGGUAUUGACGUCAUUAGUACUGUAAACUUAAGUAGAGAAUCCUAUAGAUUUGACAUACGCGUACACCCGUAGGGGAUAGAAACAUAAGUAGGUGCAGAAGCAGUGUUACCUCAAUACGAUACAUUUUCCCCACAAAUGAUUCUGUAGGGAAAAUUUAUUAUGUUAAGGUUAGGUGGGAACAUUUGUCUAAAUAGGGAAAGAAGAUUGAGAUAUAAUUAUAAUAAAAUCAUUUAUUGCAGGUAGCUAAGACCCAUAUUUAAAACAUGAUACAAUAUAAAAACUAAUUAAAAAUACAUUUACAUUGUCAUAAUACAAAGUCAAUCGUCUUUUUGCGAUUCCCAUCAGUGUGCACAGAUAGCCAAUAUCUAUAAAUUGGAUGGUUAAAAUCCGCGUACAAACAUUUACUAACGGUAACCAGAGUAACACAGGCCCUCCCAAUAGGAAGCUAUGCGCGCCCUAAUAACAGCAUAGAAGUCCGAUACCCCAGCCUCCGCGAACAUUGUAGAAGCACUGCAAAAUCUCAGCAGACCCAUCAGAAUAUAGGUAGUAGUAAUAGUGUAGUAUAGAUAUGUAUAGUCAUCACAGAAAUAAGUAAACUGGGAGUUUACUGGGAGUGUGUACAGUCCAUCAAAUCUAAGAAGUACCGUUUGACAGUUCUGACAAAUUGAAUAAUAGGGAUGGGUUUUAAAAAAUCGAUUACUAUGAUAUCUGAAUUUUAAGAGAUCGAUUACUAUAAUAUCCGAAUUUUAAGAGAUCAAUGACCAUAAUAUCCGAAAUUUAAGAUAUUAUUUCUCUGUACUCUUUUCCUAUAUUUUUUAAAUAAGUUAUUGUAAAAGGUUGUUUAUUGGUAAAUUUAGGUUUUACUAGUUAUCUGAGGAUAGAAUACCGAAAAAAUCUUAAGGCUCUAAAGGUCGAAGUCGAAGCAUUUAAAUAAAAGUAAUGUUUAGGAUAUUUUAUUAUUCACUACAAGUACUGGAAUCAUUGUCGUCCUCGUCAUCAUCGUCAUUUAAAUUAAUGACUAGUUGAUUAUCCAUGAAAUCAUCGAAUUUUACGUCUCUGUCGAAGUCGUCCAUUAUUAUUUUCUUUGUUUUUUCUACUACUUUUGACCAAUCUUCUUGUGUAACUUGCGCACAUGCUUCCUUUAAUAAGCCUUCUAUUUUCUUGACAUUGAAGGGUGGUUUUGUGUUGUGUCUAGCUGCAUAACCUGUAAAACAAUUAUAUAAUUAUUAGGUAAGCUAGAGGCACUCGUGUUAUAUGGCUACAAAAUGUGUUAAGCUAAUCUUGCAAUAUUUUGUUAGGUAAUGUACAAUUUUACACAACUGCGAAGAAGAAGGGUAAUGUUUUAUAGUAUUACUGUACUUAACGGAAAAUCUCAAUUCACAAUAUAUUUCAGCUUAUUAAGAACAAGUUCUUGUUAUUAAUAUAAUCAACUACUAAAAAAUAUUAUUAUAUUAUAAAGUAUUACCUUUAACUUGGGCCCAAAUCAGUUCAAUGGCAUUAUAUUGGCAAUGGUACGGAGGAAGUCGUAUGACUUUGUGCCCGUGUUCUUCGGCUAAUUGGUCAAUAGCAUAAGUCCGUCUUGGUGGUUUAUGCAAUUUCACUAAAUGUAACAAUUCAGCUUUUAAUAGUGACAUCUCGGCUUCCACUCCUUUUCUUUGCAGCCAUGCCACCAAAUCUGCUUUCUUAUUGGCUGAUAUUGGUGCUUUAUCAAUUUGCACAGAGUGGUAUGGGACAUUAUCCAUUAUAAUUGUGCUGUUAGGAGGGAUAUUCGUUAGUAAAUUUAAGAACCACUCUUGGAACCUUUCCGCGUCCAUUUCUUCGUGAUACUCUUUUAUGCUUUUAGAUUGGAAAGCUAAUAAUGAAUUUUCCACGAAACCUGCAGACGCUGAUCCAGCAUGGCAUACAAUGAGGCGUCUACCUUUCCCUAUCGGUACUUUCGAGCACGAAGCUUCAGAAUCAUCUGUCCAUGUUUUCGGCACAGAGUGGUUGGAAUUUAGCCAUGUUUCGUCCAAAAAUAUUACAUUAUCCCAGUUUAUAAUUUGUUUUACUUCGCGCAGGAAUGUUAGUCGCUGCAUAAUUAUGCCAUAACAAUUUUUCGUUUGUCAACUUUUUUGUAUCUGAAGCCAAUUCCUGUUAUUAUCGUUCUCAACGACUCUAUGCUUCCCUUGUAUAGCCCGGCAUCUUCUAAAGUUGCACAUAACUUUGCCAAUGUUGGAAAUUCACCUCUUGUAAAAUAACCAUAGAUAUGGUUUCUAAUAGCAUGGCUAUCGAAGUCAUCGAUACCUGUCACAGGUUUAGUUCUUUUCCUUUUUUUCGACGUGUGAAGUACGUUACUGUCACUCCCCGAAGGCCCAUAUUUUUCACUUUAUAUUUUGCUGACGGUGCGGCUACCAAUACCGAGAGCUUCACCGACGCGAUCCCGAACUUGUGUAACUGGCAGUAGAGCUCCACCAUUUUGACAUUCACGCUCAAAAUACUCGUGUAAUUUCACCACCAAUUCACGAGCCUGGCUGUUCAAAGUACGUCCUCUUUUCGACAUUAUUAAUAAACACUUGCUUAGUUUAGAGUCCAGAAAAGUAAUAGCCAAGUCACAAAUUGUAAAACACAAACGAGAAAGUAGGUACGCGCACAGUCAGCUUCCAAGAUGGCGAGAGACUGCUGAAGCGGGCGAGGGGGACCGCGUGCGCUUGUGGUCGGCAGUGUUGUCUGAUAAAAAAAUCUUUUUUCUGGAGCUAUUUCGCCUAUAUGGAUUUAUUUGAAAAUAAUUAAAUUAAUUUAUUUUAGGGUACCUAUGUAUUAAAUGCAUUAUGCGAUCGAGCCUUAACGUGAAAUUAUUCAAAAAUUAAAUUGCGCUCUACCCCUAAACAUUACGUCGAAAAUUCGCUUUCUGGCCGUGGUCUGACAUUGGCCAUAAGCGCUUCUAGCGCUUACAACAUCGUAAUCUGAGUAGAUUAUGGACCGAGGCAUCAAAUUUGAUCAUUUUGUCAUCUGUCAUGUAUUUUUACAAAGUCGUUAAUUGAUAAUUUGAAAGUAAUAAAUUCGAUUUUCCGAAUAAUGUACACGAUUUAUUCGUACACAAUUGAUUCCGAGGAGUCGCAACACUACGAGCAGUGAUCUAACUAUGUGACUUUGCAAUGAGGUCAAGAAUAGAACUAAUAGAACUUAUUUAUUGUGUAAAUAUUGUUUAUUUUGCUUUGUUUCAAAGUUUUCAAUUAAAUUUAGAUAUUAAGAAUUGUACAUUUUUAGAUCCAAUAAUAAAACCAUUAUAAAUUCAUGGUUUUACGAAAAAGGUUAUCGAAUUUGAAUAAGUUACACUUAAACAAAGUUAUAUCUGUUUGAAAAACAUGAAAUGUCAUACGGUACUUCUUAGAUUAGAUGGACUGUAAUUGCUUAUACAUUUGUAUCAGAUAGGGUAUGUACAAUAAAAAAACAAGAAUUUGUUAAUAGAUUUAUUGUCCUUUAAACAAUAUGAGUUUGUUAUACAAAUUUCUGUCAGUUUUCCUUUUUUAAUCAAAUGUUUUGAAUAGUCAAGCAUUCUGACAUUCGUAUACUUUUUACAAAUAGCUUUAAUUAGAAAUACCUAAUGGUGGUUUGUUGCAAAACAAUCAUUAUUAUUAACAUGAUCAAAUUACAAUUACAAAUUCUUUCCAACACAUUUUUUUAAUACAUUUCUGUACAAGAACAUAAAUUGUAUUAGUCGUAUUAAUCAUUAUAAAUUUUCUAAAAAUUUGUUCAGAUAUUUCACAUAAUUUUAUAACAGAUAGGGAUGGGUAAUGAAUACCACCCUUGUCUUUUUUGAAUUGCAGAGAGACAACAUCGACAGGAAAAAAUGUCACCUGUCACCUGUCAUAUAUUAAUAUGACAGGCAUUCCACACACGCCAAUUGUUUAUUUAUAAACGAUUUUACUACAUAGCUAGCUGUAUACUUUAUUAUUGACCUAGAAAAUUCAGUUAAUCUUGUAGGACCAGCAAUAUAGUCGUGAUCUUCGGGAAUGAUAAUUUCUGUCUCCAAUGACUCUCGGAUAUCUUUGUCAUUGUCAAUUAAUUUGCUUCGAUCGGUAAUAUCGUUAAUUACAAUUUCAGGGUUAGUGUAACUUAAAAUACCUAUGUCACUGAGGGGAACACAGUUAUCAGCUAAAUGUUUUAAUUCACCGUGUAUUAAUAACUUAUUGUACGCUGAUUUAAAGUGUGUGGCCGUCGGAUUAAUAUUAAAUCUGCCUUUUGCACUAAUCUUCUUAGUCGUUCACUCUUGUCAGAGUGGUCGUGGUCAUGUGCCGGUCAGAAUAUUGCGCCACCGCACCGCUUCCUUCGUGAUGCGACGCCAUGUUGCUCUGUGUUUUGCAGAGUGGGAGUUGUCGUUGAUGCUGGAUCGUGUGACAGAUUUGAUGAGAUCCGUCCACCGUGUAGGAGAGCGUCCACGUGAUCUUUUGCCCUCGACUUUGCCUUGCACCACCAAUCGUUCCAUGGAUCCCUCGUUACGGGUAAUGUGCCCAAAGAACUUGAGGAUACGUAUUUGCACAGUCGACGAUAACCUCUUUUUAAUUUGGAGUUCUUUUAGAAUCGAAACAUUGGUUCGGUGCGCAGUCCACGGGAUGCGAAGCAUGCGUCUCCAGCACCACAUUUCUAGAGCGUCAAUCUUGCGACGGUCUCGCAUCCUCAGCGUCCACGUCUCAGCUCCGUACAGAAAGAUUGGAAAGACCAGGCAUCUCAUUAGUCGAACCUUUGUGUUUCUGGUUUGCUCUAAUAGCACUAAAAAAAACAAUAUGAUCUUGGCUUAGUUUAUAUGUACUUAAGAAGUCCAAGCUACCGCUCAAUAUGUGCUCCUCAUAUAAGAAUAGAAGGGAUUUUAUACAUAUUAAAAACCCUUUCAAGCCGGUUUUCCGGUUAGUAUCCAAAAUCUUUAUAUUAUCGAUUCUUAACGAUUUUAUGUAAUCAAACAAUCUUUCCAAAUAUUGUUUAAUAAUGUCAAAUUGUCAGACUUGUGAGGUUUUUUAAAUCCAUAUGAUUUUAAAUUACGUGAGUUCAUUAUAUCUAACAAGUUAUUAAAAUGUCUAAUAAAAUCAACAGUAGCUUCGGAAUGAUUGAAUUCUUCAAUUUUAAGGUUAUUAUUACAAAACUCUAUUGCAUCAGCUACUGAAGCACUUAAUACCGGUGCUGCUAACUUCACUUUCAUUAUUAGGUUUUUGUGAUAUAUGUGAGAUUCUUCAAGCUUAUUAGCCACAUUAAAUACUUCGCUUUCUUGCAAUUUGACUAAGCUUUGGAUGUAUCUCCAAGAUACAAUAUUACCUUCCGAUUUAGUAAAGUAUACUCAUCACCCAAUGUAUUUGUUAGUAAUUUCAACAUGUGGGAAGGGUCUGGGAAUAUUGAUAUUUUUUUACCAUUGUAAACAAAUAUAGGUUUAAUUUCAUCAUCCCCAUCUAUUUGACAACUCAAUACUUUUGCAAUGGCAAAAUUUGCAGGACAACCAUCAAAAGUGAUGUUAACAACUUCUAAUCCACAUUCAGAGGUCUAAUUAAAACAAGUUUUUACUAAAGAAGCUUUUUGCUCGGCGCUAACCUUAUCAAUGAAAAAAUAGCCUUUAAGUUUCCAGCUAUCAUUGAUUGAAGUUAACAUAAAGACUAGUACUUCCCUGGCAAUCGCUUGGGUAUCAUCAUCUAAUUAGUACCCAAUAUUUACAAAGCCAAUAUAAUUAUUACCAUCCCAUUGUACAGACUUGUGAAUAGCCAUUUCAUCGAAAACCAGACAACAUUUGUAUUUUAUAUUUGGGUUCCUUUUUACCUAAAGCGAAAGAGCUUCAAAUGACUUUUUGGUAAAUCCAGGUUCACAGUUUAUGGAUUGGUACCAUCACACCAAAGUGCGGUGUGUGUUACGUAAUUCUGCGAAAAUUUACUAUUUUUUGGGUAUCAAAAAAUCAUUGUUUUGAGCAUUUACUGAUGUUUAUAAAUCAGCAUUUUCUUGAUGUAACAGAGAGUUUGACUGUAAGUUAGCAAUAAUGUCACAAAGUUAGGAGUUUUUUGAAAUCUCCUUCUUCUUGGUUUUAGAGCAGCUUUUUUCUUAUUUAUCAAAUCAGCAAGUAAAGAUUUUCUUCUCAACUGUGUUAUGAGCUUCUUUUGACGAGGUGUUAUCUCUGCUGGUUGUGAAUUUCAGUUUUAGAACAGUUAAAAAAACCUUUGCAUUGAGUUUUAAAAUGGCCAUUGUUGACAGGUUACACACUAACAUUAUUGUAUUUUAAAAUGGCACAAUUAGUGCCCGCCUGAACUUUCCUUGGCAACAGACGCCAAUAGCGCGCACUAAAGUAGUCUCUUUCACACUCAUUCAUAAAGCAAUUACAUCUCGCUCUUUACCUUCACGUGUCAACGGUUUCAGCAACUGUCAAAAUAAGUAAACACUGGUGUCGAUUCUGGCGUGAUUCUCUAAACUUAAAACUAAAUUUAACAUCAGUCUCACCUUUUCAUUCUGUAUAGAGGAGGACAAGGAUGCUUUGAAACAUCAUAGACUGAAACGUAACAUUUUCCGACUCCUCUGUGCCUAAACUGUCGCAAUAAUAAUACAUUUAUAGUUUUUUCUAAGUGGAGAAUUCCCUAUUAUAUGAAAUCAUUGACCGAUAGUGCGAGAUGCAGCAUACUAUUAAACUUCAUGGUGUACGAUUUGAUAUAUGCUCUAAGUAGUCUAAGUUGACGACAGAUUACCGCAAUUUCGCCGCGUCAGUGCUAGCGAUGCGCGACUACGAAUGAUUUUACCGCGCCCGAUAGCUUCGACUCCAGUCGAAUGAUAUAAGCCGCAGUCGACUUAGUCGAAUGAUUCGUGGGGUCAAAUGAUUAGUAUUAGUAUUAUUCGAAGUCGCGCAUCGCUAGUCAGUGCGCUAAAAGCGGAAACAUUUUCCAUUUAAGUUUGCGACUCGCAUCAUAUUUUGCCCAUUCUACUUGUGUUAGAUAGCCACUUGCCAAAUUCCUAUACCUGAUAUAAAAAUACGUAACUAUUCUACCACGGCGAAGGCAGCUGGUGAAGCAGAUAUAGUAGUGAUUAUGACCCAUUUCUGCGCAUUACCCAUUUUCACACCAAACAUUAUCACCCUUUUCUGAGUGGUCACACAGCUAACUUCAGAGUCGGAAAUUUAAAUGUUAUGUUGUGAAGAGUGUGAUAACGUAGUGUUUCAUUAGAAUAGCUAUUCUACAAGAGUUUAAAUAUUUUACACAUUUGAUUAAUAUAGUUGAAUCUCCUUAUAUUAGUACGGAUAGAAAUUCAAUUGGAAUUUUGUGACAGCAACACUUUUUGGUCACAGCUCCAAACCUUGUCGUCCGAAUAUUUAAAUUUUAAUGUAUAAGUAGUUAAUUUUAUAUUGGAUAACUGUUAUGCCAUUAAAGGCUUAUAUUGUAAUAUAAGGCGUAGUGGGUCGUGGCCUAAUCUCCCUUUUCCUUCCAUAGGGAAGGCCUGUGUCCAAGCAGUGGGGACAUUAAUAGGCUGAUGAUGAUAAUGAUGAUGAUUGUAGCAUAAGAGAUACAAGUACUUAAUUUUACCGAUGGACAAUGCUUUUUUGUAUGUCAUUCUAAUAUAGUUGUAUACUUUUAAGCUAAGUUUUAAAACAAAACUGCCUGUUUUAAUGGAACAAAAGUUGGUAAUAAAUCUGAACACUACAAAGUGUAAGGUUGCAAUUUAUAUUAUUGUACGUGAGAGAGUAUAAAAAAGGUUUAUUUAAUUUUGUUGUAACUCACUCAUAAGAAAGACAAUUUGUAUCGUAAUUUUAUUAUAAUUUAUAUUGUGCCAAAUGUGCUAAUUUCUUUUUUUUUUAUAGACGAAUGAAUAAAGAUAGACCGCAUCUACUCGAAUAUAGUUUCUCUCAGUGUGAAAUACGAGUAAAAUAGUCUAUACUCAAGGCUAACUUAUAUUAUAAAUCUGAAAGUUUGUAUGUUUUGUUACUCAAUCACGCAAAAACUACUAAACGGAUUUGGAUGAAGUUUGGUACGCAUAUAGUUUAUAACUUGCAUUGAGAUAUAGGCUACUUUUUAUCCCGAAAUAAAUGGUAGGUUCUGAGGGAUUUUCAAAAACUAAAUUUACGCGGACCAAUUCUCGGGCGGUCGCUAGGGUAUAAUACAUUUUUAAGCCGGCAUAUUGUUUUGACAUAUGGAUUACAAGUAUGUAAGUUAAUGGUGCUGGAUUUGGAAUUAUUAGAAUAUUGUAUCAUAGAAAAUAAAAGGUUUUAUUUUGUAUGUUUCUAAUGUAAAAUGAGUUUCGUAGUUAACUAAAGUCUGCGAGGUUUUAUAAAUUAAGUCUUUCCUUUCGGAAUUUAGUUAAUAAAUACUUGCUGAAUCGCAAAUGCGAAUCAAUGACAAUGUAAAACAAUAUCCAAUACUCUUCACAAUUUAAUUAGAGCCUGUGCUGCGUUAAAUGGGAGCACGGAGCGUUUUUAUGUCAUUUCAUACGCUGCGUUCGUUAUUUGCGUCUGUAUCAAUUGGUAUCAAUCUUUUUAGUCUGAAUCGUUCGUUUAUUACAUCUAGAGUAAAUCUGAAGCGUUCGGUGAUUCCGCUCAGAUCAGUCCGAUGUGAAUCUGAUUGCUCGGAGUAUUUUGACCGACGAGAAAGAUUAAUCUGGUUAUCGGUCAUGUGUCCGUCAUGUUAUGAGGUUAGAAAUUAAUCAACGCUUGGUCGGGCCGUUCGGUAAUAGCAAUUUGCUCAGAUUAAUCUGUGACCAAAUACCAGCAAAAACGCAGCUAUAGAAAAGCGCUGCGCGGGAGAACCGCCUCUCGCAGCCUGCUCUAUAAAAUAACAUGAAACAAACACGCCGAGCGCACGCCCGCUUCGUGUUCCCUUCCGCUUAUCACAGCGCAGGCUCAUACAGAUGCAUAUUUACUUCAAUAGAGAAAUAAGGCGCUCUUAUUUACACCCUUUGAUUAUGAUAUAAAUGUCAUCAUAAUUUAAGUACAACAAUGAUGUCGAUUCUGGCAGGAUUCUCUAAACUUAAAACUAAAUUUAACAUCAGUUUGACCUUUUUACUCUGUAUAGAGAAUGACAAGGAUACACUGUUGUCAAAUUUAAGUUUAGGUUUAGAGAAUCAUACCCGAAUCGACACUAAUGUUUAGUUAAUGGUAUGGAUGGUAUGUGAUUAAGAAAGUAUACAUAUAAACUUGCACCAUGUUUUUGUUAUUGUUUAUACCGAGGUGUUCUUGAUUUGUUAUUUUAGUUGCAUGGUGCAGAAGGUAUAUGAUUUAGAUAAUUGUAUUUUUUAUUGGGCUCUUCUUUUUAAGCAAUAUUUAAUUAAACGGAUCUGAUAAACACUUUAAUUAGAAAAUUGAUGAUAUGUGCGUCCAAUUGUCCAAUCUCAUUUAUCUAAAGUAUACCUGUUUUAGAAAUAAAAGAUAUGUUCCCUCGCUCAAAUAAUUAUAAGCCAACUGAUUUAUUGCAUAGCACAAAGUUUGUAGCUUAAUGGCCCAAGUUUUGUAUUAUUAUCUACUACUAGAAUAAGUUACGCACUUACGUUAAGGUUUUAAUACAAAGCAAGAUUUGUGCUGUUAUCAAAUAAAAGCAUACAAUUCGAG